AGCGGGGACCGCAAUGAUUUAGAAGUUCAGGAAUCCCACGUGACGUCACGAAGGGUGAUGUAAUGCUUCUCUAAAUAGAACGUAUUGUAACCUUCUCUCAGUCCAACGUGGUUCCUUCACUCAGACUGCUGGUCCCUUUCCUUCUUACACUUGUUGGGUCAAGUUGGCCAUCUCAGCAAGUUUUAUCACCUUUACCAACCAUUCCUUCAUUAUCAAUCACUUGAUCCAAGACGGAAGACUAUCUGAUCCUUUGCUAAGAUUUUAAGAUUAGAAUAACUAACUCAUCUGUACAGUAUUCGUAUUAAAAGUGUUAUUAGAGGAAAAUACUAUUGAAACAGUGACGGACUCUUCCUUGGACAUCCUCUUCUUGAUCUGCAACUGAAGAAUGUAAGCAAGUCAGCUUGGUUCCCUCUCUUGAUAAAUGUAAAAUAUUUAUGAAGAAUCAAAAAUGAAUUUGGAACAAGAGAGACCUUUUGUCUGCAGUGCCCCAGGCUGUUCACAGCGCUUUCCAACAGAGGACCAUCUGAUGAUCCACAGUCACAAGCAUGAAAUGACUUUGAAGUUUCCUUCACUAAAAACAGACAACAUGUUAUCAGACCAAACUCCAACACCAACCCGGUUCUUAAAAAACUGUGAGGAAGUGGGACUCUUCAGUGAGAUAGACUGCAGCAUAGAGCAUGAGUUUAGAAAGGCACAAGAAGAAGACAACAAUAAAACGAGGAGAAGAAAAAAAAUCAUCGAAAUUCUUAAAGAAGGAAUGGAAAGUCCCUGUACUUAUCUUAAUAACAAGAUGGCUCUGAAUAUUCCAAUGCACAACAGUGUGGGAGAUGCUAUGACAGCACCAGGGGUGCACCAGCUCUCUAAUCCUAGGAUGCCAAACCACGACACCAGCAUUGUGAUUCAACAAGCCAUGCCGUCACCGCAAUCAAGUUCAGUCAUAACACAAGCACCUUCAACAAAUCGACAGAUUGGGCCUGUUCCAGGCUCCUUAUCAUCACUGCUACACCUGCACAACCGUCAAAGACAGCCCAUGCCUGCUUCUAUGCCUGGGACCUUACCUAAUCCUACAAUGCCUGGAUCCUCUGCUGUCUUGAUGCCAAUGGAAAGACAGAUGUCUAUGAACUCAAGUAUCAUGGGAAUGCAAAGUCCAAACCUCAGUAAUCCAUGUGCUUCACCUCAAGUUGCUCCAAUGCAUUCAGAAGCUAAAAUGAGGUUGAAAGCAGCUUUGACUCAUAUUCCUGCGGGCAUCUCCAAUGGAAAUAUGAACACCAUGGGUCAUAUGAUGGAAAUGAUGAGCUCUCGACAAGAUCAACCAGCCCACCAUCAUAUGCACUCACAUCCACAUCAACACCAGACCCUUCCACCCCAUCACCCAUAUCCCCAUCAGCAUCAACACCCAGCACACCAUUCUCAUCCUCAUCACCAGCACCAGCACCCACACCAUCAUUCUCAUUCACAUCUUCAGGCCCAUUCAGCACACCAUCAGACUUCGCCACAUCCGCCACUGCAUACAGGCGGGCAAGCACAGGUAUCAACAGCAGCUCAACAAAUGCAAGCCACACAGAGCUUACAACCACCACAGCCCACUGGUGGUCGUCGAAGAAGAGUAGUGGAUGAAGAUCCAGAUGAAAGACGGAGGAAAUUUCUGGAACGAAAUCGAGCAGCUGCCACACGGUGCAGACAGAAGAGGAAAGUUUGGGUGAUGUCUCUAGAAAAGAAAGCAGAAGAACUCACCCAGACAAAUAUGCAACUUCAGAAUGAGGUUUCCAUGUUGAAAAAUGAGGUAGCGCAGCUGAAACAGUUGCUGUUAACCCAUAAAGACUGUCCCAUAACAGCCAUGCAGAAAGAAUCACAAGGAUACCUAAGUCCCGAAAAUAGUCCUCCUUCUAGUCCUGGUCCAACCUGCUCACAGAAACAAGUCAUUCAGCAGAAUACUAUUACUACUUCCUCUGCCGUCGGUGAUGUUGGAGGCUCCACUCUCAGCCAGCUUGCAAGCCAUCAAAAAGACAUGAACCCAGUCCUUUAAAAUUGAGUCAUCAAACAACUGUGAUGAUAAAUAUCAGGUUUUUUUCUUUCUGUUAAAGGCAUUGCAUUCUCAAGAUUAUUUCUGAUUUGAAGGACUCUUCAGCCCCCAAAGACUUGCGAGUUUAAUUUUUUUAGUUAUUAAAACAUUGUUUAUGCUUAGUAAUAAUAAAGGGAUUUAUGCAAUGAUUAUGCUAUCAGCUUGGGAGAUGCUUGGUGCUUUCUCUAAUUUUCUGGUACCGGUUUCUUCUUCAUUUGUUUGUAACCAAACUGUUUCUGUACAUAACCAUUUUCCUUCUUAUCACUGCUGGUUGGCACCACCGAAGCAUCUUAUAACAGUAUCAUUAGCCAAAAAAUUGAAGCUUAAAAAUAUGAAACAGCCAUACACUUGUUGACAGUGCAAUAAGUACAUGGUUUUUCAGCACCAUUAAACUCUCAAUCAUACUUACAGCUUGCAAAUCAUUAUUCUGCUUUGAAAAUGUUUCUAUAGCUGUUGGAGUUACAGCCUUGGGGUUCUGCUCUCGGUUUAAGUUCUUUUUUCUGACCUAUUGGAACUGAUUAUGAAAGAGUUUUAAAGGAUUCCGUAUUUCUGAAAUUUUCUGAAAGGAGGAGAAUAAACCUAAUUUUUCUCAGCCUAGCUGUUUUUAGAAAAGGGUUUGAAUGUGGGCAGAAAGAAUGUGCCUAUCUGGAGAUUAUUUUUUAAUAUCAUAAGCAUUUUGCUUACCAAAUAGUUAUGGUUUUUUGCCUACCACCAGGAUACUCGUGUAAAAGUGGAACAUCCAUGCAGAACAUGAAAUGUUUAAAUUGGGUGAUGGGUUUUGAGCUUCUGUGGAGUUUUCUUUUUCUUCCUUUUUGUGACCUUCCUCUGCACUUUUCUAUUUUGCUUAUAAACCAUAUAACUGUAAGUUUUCUUUUUACAAAAUCUUUAUGGUAUUUCAUACUAAAAUUCUUGCUUUUUUAUGCUUGAAGUUUCUAUGUAACGUUGAAGAUGCAUUGACGUUGAUGAAAAGCUUUGCAGAUUCACCAGCUAUUUUCUCAGAAGUAUUUACUAGUUCACACUUUUCAGCAGCCUCUGCUCCACAGCUGUGCAUGGGGGGAGGGUUAUUUUCUCUGAAACACUUUUUAUUUCAUUAAUAUGGUGUUUUAAUAAACAGUAAAGGUUGAAAUCAGUUUUACCUCAGGUAAAGCUACUAAUGGUAUCACAGUGUUAGUGGAAAGAAGCUCUGUAAAAUUGUUCCUGUAAGAAAUAUCACUCUUUCAGAACUAUGCUUUUUGUUAACAAGAAAAAUGCCCAUCAUUUGUAGAUAUUGUAGCUGCACCAAGUCACUAACUCAGUGACUAAGAUUGUCACCGAAUUGAAUUCCCCCAAUAUAUUAAGUCAUAUGGUUGGUUGAUUUUGGUUUAACAUUAUAUGCAAACCCAGCCAUUAAGUCUUGUAAGGAAUAAUCUAGCACAAAAUAUUUUAUGAACCCAGUUGGUUUUGGUUCAUUGAAUAAACGAUGAUUUUACAAAUAAGUAUUUGAAAGUAACAAAGGAAACCUCAAAUAAAAAUAUGCUUACACUUAAGUAACUUUGGAUAAACAAAUUGUGCAGGUCAGUGACCCAAUGCCAUGUUAUUACAUAACUAAGAGUAGGUAAUAGCAUGGGAGGGCAGAGGAAGGGGAUUCUUAUUCUCAUACCCUGCCUCUAAUUAACUUAUGAAAGAGGGUGCUUUAAAAAUCAAUAAUUGGGAAAUGGCAUUUCUUACGAGAUCCUAAUUAGGUCUUCUUUAUGGUAUAAGAUUUGAAGUUUUAUAUUUCCAAAUAAAACUAUUCAUUGAAACAAUUCAGAAUUAAGAAUUGAAUAAUUUCCUAAAAUUAAAGAUUCAGUCAAAACAAAACUUGAGCUAUCCUUAAGAAUCAUUGGUGAUCAGUCUAAAUACCUAUUUUAACCAAUGGUCUGACUUAUAUAAGGAUGUUUUCAGUGUUAUUAAAAGGAUGCAGUUCCAAAUAAAUUUUCUCCAAAAAGUUUUUUUUUAAACUAUCCAGGUGAAUUUCAAAUCAUAAAAUUGAUCAUUUUGAAAAGUGAAGUAAGAUGCUAUUGUUUGCAAUUUUUGGAAGAACUCGUCCUUGAUAAUAAUACCAAGGCUAUAUUAUAUCUGACCUCAUGUUUAGAAUAUGCAUUUUGAACAGGAUUAAAUACCAGAUAAACUGGAUAUUUUCAUAUAUUUUAAAAAUAUUAUAUUUUUAAAAAAAUGCAUUUUGGGAAAAAUUGCAUUUUUGCUAAAACUAAUCAAUAUUUUAGCAGCUAGGAACAACUCAAAUACCGCUGCUCUUUUUAAUCUACCUUUUCCUUUUAUAAGAGCUUACAAUUAAAACAUUACAGUAUAAUAUUUAUAAUAUGUUAGUAUUUUGCGUAUACUAACAGAUACAACUGCUACAAAUGUAUUUUACAGUACAAUGAAGGUGCUGGAAAAUUAAAGGAAAUUUUCAGUAGAAACUAGUCAGAUUUGAAAAUUACUGCGAUGUGGGUUUUUUUUUGUUGUUGUUCAAGUUUUAAGAAGAAUAUAUGUAACUUGGAUUGCCCAUUGUAGAUUCCAAUUCAGCUAUAAUUAGUCUUGACAAAGUUGCAUGAAAUCAAUGGAAUCAUGUUUGUUAUAGCUCUUCAUUCUGACUCUUUUCACAGGAAUAUGCAGCCUAAUCCUUUGUAAAUUUCACUUUUAAAAGUUCUGCAGUGAACAAUGGGCUCUUUCCCCAAAUAAUUGUACUUACAACUGUGGACUAAAAUUGCAGAUCUAUAUGCUCUAUAAGUUUGGAUAAGGGUGAAGACUCAUCUGCAAAUAGAGUUAUCUAAAAGAGCUUUGGAAACUUCCACAUAUAUUUGACUGCCAGAUCUGGGCUACAAAAAGCCAAAUGAGCUACUAAAAAAAAAAAAAAAAGCUACAAAAAGUCCCACUGGAAGUCAGCAAAAGGAUAAAGAAAACAAAUUCCCUUAUUUGCAACUUAGACAUGGUAGUAAACAUGUAGUAGCAUUAUCUAUUUGCAAGGUUUUGUCUAGCCAUUGAUCCAAAAAUGAAAUGUUUUAAAAAUAGAGUAGCACAGGCUGAAUUCAGAAUUUGUUAUACUUUCAAAAUGUACCAACCAGGUUAUCUUUUACAAACUAAUAAACUACAAAUAGUUCUAAAUUAUACCCUUUUAUAUAUAAAAUAGCAGGAAAAAAAGAAGGAAUAUAAAUACUGAAAGGUUUAGGGGUUUUUUAAAAAGAAAAUCAACAAUAGAGAUAUCAAAAAUAUAAGCCUUUUAUUAUAUUGCAUUAUUUAAUGCUAAAAAGAUGCAAUACCUGUAAAAUAUCAAUGGCUCUGAAGAAAUUCUGUUGAAAUACAGAACUUUGAAAACAUAGUCACCAUAUUGGUUCUUUACAUUGUUAGAAAUGCAAAAGAUUCUGUAUAUGAACAGUUUUGCUGUUUAAUUUAAUGGAAUGAGCACUACAACACAAACGUCUGGAAUCUAUAGGUACUACUACCCCUUCCACUGAAGUGAAUGGUGCAGUCCAAUGGGCAGUCACUACAUCUGAAAAAUACUUUCCCGCAAGUGUUUGAAUUGAGGGGGAGGAAACUUUCUUGAAAAGGAAAGUGACAUCUGAUGUAUGUAUCAUAUUAUUCCCACAGAUUGCAUCAUACAGGGUUGACAAUGCAAAAAGCCCAGGGUAUUUUUGCCCUCAAGCCAGUAAUUCAAUGAUACUUACUUCCUAUUGAAGUGCACAUAUAAAAUACAUGGACUCAACACUGAGGCUGCUGUUCAUCUUAAAAUAAAUGUUUGCCUUCUCCCCUCCUCAGACUACUACUAUUUAAAUAUUUAUUAAAGAAAAGUGAAACAAAGGAAGCAAGUGUGUGCAUUCAGGAACUCACCUGAAGCUACUAAAUUGCUCAGCAGUGCUUGAGAAAUUAAAUGAUUCUUUUGCAUGAGAUUUCAUGAGCUCAAAUAUACUUUAUUGUGUUUGUCCACUUUUGCCACUCCUGGUCAGAAAAUAAAUUUCUGGCAAGAUGGAAUAAUGUCAGGCUUUUUCAAAGAAAGUAUUCACAACUGCCUUGGAAUAAUGCAUUUUUUAAAUCAAAAUAGAACAUAAUGCCAUGUGUUUUCCCAGGAUAAACAUCAAAUCACUACUAUAUAUAUAAAUACUGUUACCAACUCCAAUAUGUAAUACCAGUGAACUAAUACAGAGCAUUCCUCAUUUACACUAUAUUCAUCACUUUCUUAUAAGUAUCACCAAACUGUGGAGAAAUUACUUACUCUUGGAAUCUAGAGUUCAAGUAAUUCUGAAUGUUCUUAGGAGAAUUCUGUCUCACCUCUAGACGUCUGCCUGACAAUCAUAUGAAGGCUGAAACAAAGAAAAAAUUAAAAACCUGGAUGUUACUUUGCAUAUUUUUAGUGAUAAAACUAAUUAACUUACCCAUCAUUUGAGUUCCCUGUCAACUUUGUAUCUGAAUUAAAAUAACCUCUCCCUUUCUCAAACUUAAAGAUACAAGAUUUGAGUUCACAACAGCUGAAUAAUGUUAGAUGCCAUCAAACAUUUACAUUUGGGUGUCUCAUUGUUACUCGAAAUUCUGUAGCUCAGAUCUGGGAGCCUUGCCUAAUUUACUGAGGACAGAAUGAGGCCUAAUUACACAAAGACUGAAACUGAAUCUUGCUAUCUGUCCAAAAACUCAAUUAAAUAUAAAGUACAAUGAGAAGGGGGGAAAAACCCAAACACUGCAAAUUAUUUAUCAAAAAGGGCUGGAUUGCAAUACAAAAUAUCUAUGCUACAUAAGCUUUUCUGCAAGCCAUAUUUCUAUAUUGUAAUCUAAAUGACAGUUACUUUAGAGUAUUUAUUAUGAUAAUGGUGAGCUUUUUUAUUGCAUGAUUGUGCAUUUUUGUAAAAGUAUGCAAGCCAUUAAAAGAAAUAGAAAGUGAAUGGCAAAUAAUCAAAAGCAAACAUUUCAACAUAACCGCUCUUCUCUUUACUAACAAGCUAGCUAUAGCUGUAGGGUGAAAUCUAUAUUUUUAAAAUAACAAUAUUUACUAUAUGGUGAGUAUAUAUCUGUAUUUGUGUUUUUAUAAAAUGUCUUUUAAUUGUCUCCUGCUUUGUAGCCAACAUUUUUCCUACAAAACAAAAGAAAAUGAAAAAAGUAUAUGGUGGAUUUAUGCAAACUAAUGAGGACCAAAGUGAAUUAAAAUAACAACAAAAAACCCAAACCAGGAAUCUAUUAAAUGUUGUAUUCACAGAGAAUUUUAUAAAGUAUUUAUUACUAAAUGUUAUUUUUAACAUUCCAUUUAAACAGUAUUCUUCUACCGAAUCUGUUUACAUUUUUCUGAAUUACUUUGGGAAUAAUCGCCAAGUGGUGAUUAUGCAUCUUUACUCGAGCAAGCCUCAAUGAAAUUUUUUUUUUUUAAAAAAAAAACAGGUUGGCAAUAGUACAUUUUGGUGAAUUCCCCAUUAAAGUUACAGUGCACAACUCUCAGUGUAAGUGUAUGUAAUAUAUAAAAAUAUAUAAAUAUAAAUCUCUAUAUAUAUACUUAAAAGAGUGAUUUUGGAAUAUUGCCAGCAGGAGUUACUCAUCUUAUAUGACUGUAGUUGCUGAGAUAUGCUUCCUGGACUUAUCCAGAAUUCAGUUCUGUUUUCUCUGAUUUUCUUUUCUCAGAGCAGUAUCUGCUUUCUGUAGCAACCAAAAUGAACAAACAUAUUGUUCUUUUUUUGUUUUUGUUUCUUUGUUGAAGGUGUGCAAGGUCUGCUAAAAAGAAAUAACCCAUAUAACUGGAAAGCUAUAUAUUAAAAGCAAGUCAUCCUGCCUGGUGCUUUACUUUUUUUCUAAUAAUUACCUAGUGAGUUGCACUAAAUCAUCUUGUCAGUACUUCUUAUUUUUAUAACUAAACAGUCUUCAGUAGCUUUAAAUUACUGAAGUUUCAUUAUGAAUAAGAUCAGAUUGGCCAACAUAUUGCCAUGAUAGUGGAGACAGGAAAUAAAGAUUUAUUUCUGUUUUAAUUUUAAAACAGUGCCUAGAAAAUGGAAACUAUUACAACUAAUUAGCAACAUAUUACAUUUCAAUUAUUAUUAUUAUUAUUAUUAUUAUUAUUAUUAUUAUUAUUAUUAUUUGAAAAUUGCACUUCAGACAUCUCCCUCACAAUCUCUUUAUUCAUAAAAUAUUAUUCAAUAAUACAUGGUGGCACGCUCACCCUUUAUCACACUAGCUCUGAAAGAAUUUUGCUCUGAGAUUGGAACAGGAAAAACAUUCAACAAUGUUCAAACUUUUCUCCUACUUAUACUUUUUUUGUCUAAGCCGUAGAAUAAGAAAGAAAAUUAUGUGCACAAUAAACCUUACUGGUUUUGUACCAUUUAAAUGGGAAGAGACCCCAUCACAUUUGCAAAUUCUGGGAACAAAUUUGCUGAGAAGUUAAGAACUCUUUGAUGGAAGUUACUAAUGGUUUGUUCCUUCACUUGCUAGGAACUAUAGCAAGUGUGUAAUUAAGGUGUAUAAAUUGCUGUUAUGUUGUUUUCCAUCAGACUGCUCUGUAAAGACAAUAAAGCUAUUUUAAUAGUAGUAGCCAAGUUUUUGAAUCCAUACCGACUUGACUUAAAUAGUAUGUAGGUUUUGGUCUGACUAGAGGUGUAAAAUAUUGUGCGCUAAGAUCACAAUUCCUUCUAGUUCAGCCUUCCCACUGAUAUCCUUAAGAUAUGUAACUAUUGGAAUUUCCCAUAAAUCACAGAAAGGUUUGAUUAACGAGGACAGCAACUUUAAUUUUUAAACAAUCCAAUUAAAAGUAUUGUAUUUAAUUGUAUUUAAAACAAUAAAAUGUGAUAACAAAAAGAAGCUACGUUUACUUUUUAUGUUUCAAUUCAAGUGUAGUUGAGGCAUCAGGCUAGAUAGAAACUAGGAGACCAUGAGUUCUAAUCCCACUUUAGGUACAAACUCGGCUGGGUAACCUUGUGGGCCAAUCAUUUUCUCCAACCCUAAGAAGGAGGCAAUAGCAUAAAAUCAUAAAAACCUUGCCAAGAAAACUUCAGGGACUUAUCCAGGCGAUCUCUGAGAUUCAGAUACAACUGAAUACAAAUGUUUUCAAUGGUUCGUUCAUAUUUGGUUAUUUUAAGUUAACUGAUGGAUGUUUUCUUGAUUUUACAGUCUGCUACGUUGUUAGAAGAAAUACCUAUUUAUCAACACGAAUGUUGGAAGAAAUAAGAUCUGAAAAUGCUAACAUUUUCCUAUCUCUAUACACCACUUAAAUGGGUUAGAAAUGUGCAUCCAGCACGUUUCUGUAAAGCAGAGAGAUAAUUCUCCUGAGUGUAAAUCUGAGUCCUUUCAAAGUUUUCCUUGGAUAAUAUUUUGCUUGAAUCUGUUUACAUAAAACUCAUAACAUGUGGAAUAUGCCAUCUUAGUCUCUUUUUAUUGAAGCAAACAUGUUACAUUAUGUUUUAUGAAGCAACUCUCUUUAAAGAUCAUGAUAUUGCUCUGCCUGUGUCAAAUCAUAGUUUUGUUAUGUUAAGUUUCAAGUCUGUUCAGUGGCAGGUUGUUUCUAUGUAGUUGUAAAAUCAACCAUUAGCAUGGAUUUUAAAAAUUGCAGUAAAUUAUUCUGAUUAUUUUCAAGGGCUAUUUUAUUAU